UACAGUAAGAUUCAUAAUUCAUAAAUCAUAAUCCUUGGCCUUCAAAUAUUCUGAACAAUGUCUAUUAAUUUAACUUAUGGGUUUCUGAAUGCCUAAAUCGUUGUUGUUUUUAUGCCUAUGCUAUGCUACCUGAUAUUUUUGUUUGAAGAUGGUAUGUGACUGCCGGGCACUAGGACCGAGCGGUGAACCGGCACUCUGCUUUACAACCGCGGGGGGAGGUAUCUGUGAAGAAUUUGGACAAAGUUCCUGUCUAUGCGUUUCCUUGCGGUGUAUAUCUUGCGGUAUAUUGGAAAUUGUAGUGAUCCGUUUAACUUAAACUCGAAAGUAAAAGUUAAAUUAAGUGGAGUCAUUUGUCGUUGUGAGUUUCGUUGUAUUGUCUGUGUGUGAUCUUUCUGAAAACACCUGCGUGAUUCAGGUGAGCCCAUCGAUGAAGAGGGAAGUCCUUUUUGGGCGUUAGAAAGUCUUCUCCCUGCAGGGAUGUGUUCCAGUCGGGGUCUGUGCGGGGCCAGGGACCGCCCCCGCUCGUCCAGGUCCGGGAGCAGCGGCUCGGGCGGUCAUUAUGCGCUGUGUGCCCUGGGGGUCGGCCUCAUAGCCCUGGGCAUUGUGAUGAUUGUGUGGACGGUGAUCCCCAAGGACGCGGAGGCGUCGGGCGGCAACGCGUCGGGCAACUCCAGCAGGCCGCUGACGACCAACGAAGAGGAGGAGGCCGAGGACGCCGAUUCGGACAACACAAAGACCUCGUCGGUGGCCUUUGUGCUGGUGGGGGCGGGGCUGAUCAUGCUGCUGCUGUCCAUUUGUCUGGGGCUGAGGAGCAAGAGUCAGCCGGCGGAGAGCACUGGCCAGCGAGCGGCGGGGGUGGUCGGGGGAGCAGCCUAUCAGGGCGCAGCGUCGGGAGAGCAGCCGGAAGAGCAAGCGGUGGCCUACGACGUGCCCUCCUACGACGAGGUGGUGGGCAGCGACACCUACCCCGUACGCAACAGCAACCUGCGCAACAGCAUGGCCCGCCUGCCCUCCUACGAGGACAUCCUCGCCGCCGUGGAGAACGAGGGCGGGGCGGAGCCCGACGGCCACGCCCCGUCGGAGGGUCCCGCCUCCGACCCCACCAAGGACUCCGGCCCGGCAGCGGGCGCCAACCCCCCGGCCCGCAGCAGCAGCCGGGCCAGCCGCAUCCUGGCGCCGCUCCGGGUGCGCCGCAUCAAGUCGGACAAGCUGCACCUGAAGGCGUUCCGCCUGCACAUCCGCAGCCCCACGCACAACGCCGUGACCAUCGAGCCCAUCACGCCGCCCCCGCAGUACGACGACAAGCCGCCCGACCUGGGGUAGAGCCGCCGCCACUCUUGAAGAGCUGUCCGGUUUUCCGGUUUUUAUCAUUGUUCUGGUGGCUGUGACGUAACGCCGGACGGCUGGUGGGCCGACCGGCUGGCUCCGUCAUGGAGUCUUGGUAGGUACCUACCAAGCAGCCAGGAGUUCAAGCCCUCACGGUGAAACACGAGGAGGGUUUUCAGCUUGAUCUGGUCGUGGUUUUGUGUGUUGUAAACAUUGGUGUGAGUGUGUUUGUGAUGGAGCUUCUCGAUCUGAUGGUGUUGUUCGGUGUGAAAGGACAAUUGGCUUAUUGUUUAUAUUUAUCUUGGGGUUAAAUGCAUUUCGUAAAAUAUUGUAUAACGUGUGUUUGCUUGAGAUUAAAAGCUUUCAUUGUAAUUUACAAUAAGGAAUAUGAAUGUGGAUGAUUAUUUUUGCUGUGUAGUGUGUAAUUGUGGACCGUUUUCUAAAUGGGGAUAACAAAAGCCUUAUGUUUUGUUCAACCUCCUCCCGUUAUCUUUGUUUUAAUUGCAUAAAUGGAUAAUAACACUAUGGUUGGUGCAGGACUUAAAUUAUAGCUUUGUUUUUCUAUUAUCAUUGAGAUGUACAAUGUCAUUUGUUUCUUGGAGCAAGAACCGCAAUUGACGUGUGAUGGAUGUUUGAUAUGCCUUUUAUUAUUAUUAAGUAUUGUUAAUAAAUGUUAAAUUGGCAUUUUAGUUUUUCAGUGACAUUAUUAGGGAUAGGGUGAUAUUAUCCCUUUUAUUGUUUACAGAACAUUUAUAAUACAAAAUAAUGUGAAGCAUUAGUUCAUUCAUUGUGGCCGUUCCUACAACACUUUUGUGAAGCGUUAUGCUUAUGGUAAGAUAAUUAACUGUUAUAUUUGUUACUACACAUUUUAGCAGCAUGGAUUUUCUUUAUUCGUUUUGGCGCCCUCUAGUGGUAGCUGAGUGCGACGAGAUUUUUGUACAGUGUACAGCAAAAGGUUCCAAAUUAAACUAAAUUUGAUAUAUAUAUAAUCUAGUAUGCAUAAAAUGUGCCGUUACAGCUCGGAAAAUAAUGUAAUCAAGCAUGUCUAUCAUGCUGUUUCUGUUUUGUGAUCAUCAAUCAAGAACAUUUGUGUAGCGAAAAUAAAGUAUAGCGCUAGAAU